CCAUCAUAAAGAUUUUUAUUAACAAUAGUUUUCUUCUUAACAAAAUACAGGUUACAGUAAAAGCUAAACAUGAAAAUAUGGGUAUGUUUAAGGUGUACAUGCAAAACGUGGCUUAAAAUCUGGCUAAAAAUCACAUCAUCACAUCUCACAGUGCGGAUGUUGUAAAACAAAAGGGGUUGCAUAGUAAUAACAAAACAUCUCACAAACAAUAUGCCGUAAAUUAUUACAUAUAUUAGCUUUCCAUGGUGAGAGACAAAAGUAGUAGGAUGUGCCAAAGUCUGGAAAACGCUUUUGUAGAAGCUGUCUAUAGCAGAAGCUUUUGCUCUUUCCUUUCUCUGCAUUGGACGUGCUUGGAUUGAAUCUGCUCAGUGUCGGCUACAAUCGUAAGGUUAUCAUGCAAAACAUUAUCAAAGACCAAACUUUAUCUCACAUUGACUAUCUCCCUGAUAAGUACCUCAAAAUCAUCCAGAAUUCACAAUUUCUACAAUCACAUCUUUCCUCAGCACAGAAGCACUUGCCAUUUACCACCUCACUUACAUGUGCCUAAGUGGACUUAAUGUUUAGUAAGGCAGUGUACACCAACAGUUGUGCACAUGGGCUUUAAAACAUACUGCUCAAAUACUGGCACAUGUCAAAGAAGGAAAAUAAACUCAUAUAUAAUCAUAGAAUACAGACCAAACAUUACAGCUGCAAUCUUACUAAUCUAACAGCAGCCUCAUGUAAAUGUUUAUCUGAAGACUUAACAUCACAGGAUCGUAAGCUAAACAAAGUUAAACCAAUCAGACUUACAACUGCUUCACAACGUUUUAAAAUACACAUGACACAGAACAGCAGAAGGAAGACAUUCAAGAUUAAACAUUGACACAUUUACAUACAUAUCUAUACAUCCAUGUGUUGUGAUGCAAACUUUUAUGGGUACACUCAGGUGAAUAUCUCAUGAGAGCACAGGCCUUUCGUUGUCUUUAUAAUUAGGCUGCAUCCAAUGCCCCUGCACUGUGGAGGGUUUACAGUGCUAAAACCAGAUUUUCCAUCCAUCAGUUGUCCAUAACACGUAUUCCUAGUGGAGUAUACUAGUGGGUAUGGAGCCUUUCCCAGAUGACACUGGGGUAAACCCUGAAAAGUCCAUUAUAAGCCCACCCAGACACAAACAGACACCCAAACCUACAGUCACUCCAAGGGGCAAUUUGACACUUUCUCCCAGAAAUGACAUUGAAAUUGGUCAUUUACGAAUUAAAUGGUAAAUGAGCUGUGGCUAUAAUUUCAUGAUUUUUAAAAGCUUACAUAGUCAUUCAGCUCGACGGAACAACAGAAAGGUAAUCAUAACAACACUGGUGUUAACUUUUCAAAUCCCAUGUUGUAUUGGUAUGGAUUAUUUAGCAUUGCUGCAGCCCCCUGUGCACGCAUAAGUCACCCCAACCUUAAUAAUGUGUGAUGUCUGAUAUCGUACUGCAUGGAUACUCGGACAAGUUUACAGAUAUAUUGACAAUAUAAGAUACAAUAAGCUCUGCCAUGACCUGACCAGAUGAGACGAAUGCAGUUUUGUAUGUCACAAAGCUAUAAGCUAUUGCUAAUAUCCAUAUUGUUUCUCACCUCAUGAGGAGUAAUCGUCAGCUUUACCCUUGUGGUGUGAUGUGAGCCAUUUUCUAACGAUGUGAUCACAGUGGAACUGCUCCAAAACUAAGUGGUUACAGGAAUAGCCUCCAUCUAAAUACCAACCUCAUGAAAUGGAAAGCUCCCCUCUGAGGCCACAGAGAUGUAACAAAGGCCAAGGUAAUGUUCUGAUUACAGUCAGAACAGGGGAGAUAGAGAGCAUGCUACCUGUUGGUCUUUUGGUUUCUGGAGACUUGUCUUGUGCACAAACAUUAAUAUUAACAUAUGGGUGGAUAGGAGUUCAUCAGCAUUCAAGUACAAGCAUGGUUUUGCAAAAUCAGAAAGGAGUCAACUAAAAAACCUUUUAGAUGUAGAGGCAAGCUGUUUUAAAGACACCAGUCAGUGCCUGAAGUAUGAAAAUGAAAUGUGUUUCAACAAUGUCACUUUCAGCCAGUGGCAUAACCCUUUUUUGGUCAUUUGUAUGGAGUUUAAGGAGCAGGGCUACAGUUACGCUGAGAUAUAUCAAGACCUUUGCAGCUGCAGAAACCAGUAAAAACAUAGUCAUCUGUAAUAGCUCCUUUAUCUAGAGACAGAAAACCUCUGAGGAAAACACAGAGUAACACAGUGCAACAAAGAACCUUAAGCAUUGUUUCAAACGUGUGCAGGUAAAAUAAUAUACUUCUGUUUUUGGAUGUAAAAAAUAUUUACUGUGUAAAUAACAUCUGUUCUAUUACAUACCUGAAGAAGAGAAAAAACCCACUAGUAACGUGAGGUCAAAUGAACCCUUUAAACAGCUACUAAAUAUACCUUCCUAGAGGGAACAACCGCUGUUUUGUAGGAGCACUUUCACUGAAAACAAUCAAACUAUGACAUUAAUGAAACCCAUUCCUUACAAGGACCACCUUUAUGGUUUGUGGCAUUAUGAACUGCUACUGAUAAAUUAUGUUGUGGAUGUAUAAAUCCAGUUGCAAAUUAUCAUUUGACUUUGGUUUUACUGUAGACUUUUAAAUGUGAAUAUGGAAAAUACUUCAUCCCUUCUGUAUCACUUCUGCAGAAAAUGGGGAUGAUUCGUGGGAAUUCUGCAUAUUGUGGCAUAAAGGCAGGUUAUAUGCUAUUCUUGGAUGUUUACAAACAUAAGGGAAACGAUUAUAUCUAUCUAUAUAUCAGUUUUUUCUAUUCUGGUGGAGAAAAUAUCGCACGAUACUCGGCUUAUAACGUCUUACAUCAUUUAGCAGAAUAAGGCAUUUUUAAUGAAAUGACAGAGGGAAAUACUAACUCUUAAAUGAAUCUUCAUUUUAGGCACACCGUCUUUCACAGUAAGUGUGCGUUUCCCAGCAGGCUGAUGGAGGAUGACGCUAAACAAGCAACCAGGCGUUGUUUGCACUCUGGCAAAAACACAGUGAUAAUGUUAGAAAUGCCAUCCAAAUCAUUUUACAUCCUCCUCUGAAACGAGUCGCGGAGUCUGAUGCUGGCAUGGCCCUGCACGUUUUCCGUGGCACGUUGCGUAAAGAUGUGAGGAUGCCCUCCCAAAGGGCACCGAGCCCAGAUAUCAAGGCAACAUCACACAACAUCCCACCCACUGGGAGCCUAUCAUACACUCAGUGUAUUAUUACAGCAGGGCAACGGGUUUGGUGUCAUGGAACAAGCACCAGUCUAACUGACAAUGGCAAAUACGAUCCGAAUUUUUAACAGGCUUUAGUCAUAAGCGAGGUACCCGGGGAUCAACUGCACGCAAAAUGCAGAGGGAAUGUGCCUCUAAAGACGACUAUGCUCAGAUAAAGUGAAUCCAACCGUUUUCCCAUUCCCGAGGUGGAGAAAUGUUGAACUGGUGACGCCUCACUUUGUAAUUUUUCCCAUUAUUAUUGUCCCAGAACUCCUGGCCACCGACACAGUACUUAAUCGCGAAUUGCAACGUGCCUCCGUUGUCGAGGUAGGUUGGCAUGACAAUCUUGAAGCAGAACCUAUCGGUGACGCCGUCGCUUGAAUCGGGCACAUAGGUGGCCAGGCUGUCCAUGAACGUUAUCCAGUUGUUGAGAGAAUAGCGCAGAGAGACGCUCUUCUCGAAAGCCAAAUUCAGGACGCGCACGAACCCGGAGAGGUUGAACUCGUCCGCUUCCACGGUCUCCAGCAGGACCUUCACCUCUCUGACUUUCUGCUGGAAGCCGGGUAGCGUUCCUGGGUUUGUGAACUGCAAUUCCAUGAACACAGACUGUGAGGGGGCUCGAGGGAAUUUCGUGUCCAACUGAUGGAAGGUCCCUUUGGGCAGUUUGGCCAGGAUGCGCUCCGGGACCUCCGGGUCAUCCGCAUCAUUGAAAUGCUUGAUGGAAAUGAGCUCCAGGCCCAGAGAGUCGGCGAACCGGACUUUUUUCUGACUUGUUGGACUUGUUCUGCGGGCGAUUUCCAACUUCGCUCUCUCCGUGGGCGUGGGCAGAGAUUUGCACCUCCGGCGGAGAUUGGGGCUCUGCUGUGGCUUGAGGAAAAUCUCCCUGCCCCGCGGCCUCUCGUCCACCACGGCGCUGUCAAUGGGUUCACACGUCCCGUUCAUCAUGUCAAAAUCCUCCGCAUCUUCUAGCCGGGGGUUUGCGGCGCUCAGGCUCCCGAACAGCCCGGCUAUGCAGCUGUAGUUCCGGGGGAGGCAGCUCUUCGGGGGCAGCAUGACCGCGGCAGGAUGCUCCGUGUCCGCUUCCAUAAAACGCCAAAGACCCCGCACUGCAGAAGCCCAGGGUCCGCGAUGGAAAAUACCGGAUCGUCAGGCGAUAAAGCCGUCAGGUGGCAGUGUGCCUCUCGCGGAUAGGUGCACCGGACUGCGUCAGAAGCUGACUCUCCGCCAAUAAAGCGCACUCUUAUUCUACGGCAGCUUUUUUGCAAGUUUUGCGCUUGAAAAAACGGGGGUCACCCUCGACACAAAAAAAGAAGACUGUCGUAUACGCGCUUCCUCCAGUGCGUUUAAAGAGCCGGGCGUGCGUCACGCAGCCUGUCGCGCGCCUGGUCCUCCGUGGCGCGCGGCAGCAGCAGCCUACGUGCAGGAGGUAACGUUGCAUUUAACCAAAAAUGGUCUCCUCCUUCUGAGGUAAUAAACAAGCCGGUUUCCUCUUUUCACGCUGUAACAUUUCAAAAGAUCCUGAACGCACCACAGCAGGCUACACAGAAGAAGAGAAAAAUCCAGAUUAUUUGCCGGCUAUUGGAUUUUUUUGCAUUUUUUUUCUGCAUUGGGUCUUAAACAGGGUCUCCAGUUGCAGGAAUAUGAGGAUACUAUAUUCUUGGUUUACAUCACGUAAUCAGUGCGUCAGUCACGUGAUGUUGGGGGGCACCCCGUAGCUCCAGGUUUAGGGGAUGGCAGCUCUGUGACAGCUGCUGCAGAAGCCGGCUGCCCUCCUCUUCCUCUACGUCACAUUUUUCCCCGUGAACACUCCGGUCACCAUGACGACGGUGCUAACAGCUCGUAUGUGAAGGCAUUCACAGCUUCUUCCGCCUCUGUUGAGGGAAAAAAAACAACCUUUUCUAAAUCCAAACAAGCACCAGGGAAGCGUUUAUGAAUGAGAUCAUCACAAGCUUUUACGAUAUGGAGACCCAGCAAGAAGAAGAGCCUUCAGAGGAGGCGGUCAGCCCGCAGCUCCUGAGGGCUCCAGAGAGGAGACAUGUCGAUGACCUCCUGGACAUCAGUGAGGAGGACUUCAUCAGAGAGCUGGAGCCUUGUGCGUACGUUUGCUACUCCGGUGUGGAAGAAGCUGUUUCCGGUUGGGCCAGAGCCGCUCCGCUGAGUUGCAUACUUAUGACUCAGAGCCCACAGAGGAAGCCGAAGCAAAGGGAGGCUGACAGUCUGACCCCUUUGUCUGUUAACCCAUCAGCAGCCGGCGCACACAGUUCAGCCGGCCCCACAGAGCAGCACUGCCAGUUUCAUGCAGGCCCGCAUAACUUUAAAAAACCUGCGUCACCAAAGCAGCAAACAGUAUCUUGGGGUCAAACUGAUUUUGCUCUCCUAAAAGACACUCAGAAAAACAUGGCAUAUUGGCUCCCCGAUGAAAAGACAGAAGUAGAAGGGAUGCAACCUUACUAUCUGUCCUCAAAGUACUCCGUGUUGGAGUGUGGGCUCACUAAGCCCCAGAAGUCCAGCUAUAAGCCCAACAACACCACAGUUCCCAUCAAAAACUUCACUUUUUUGCCACCGAUCACUGUCCAGCCCGCACAGCAUAAUCGCAAAGUCAGCCGACAUACCCGCAAGGGUAAGAAAGCUCAAGAUGGAGAAACUUUUGGGGAAACCUUUUUCAUGUUUGGUAAAAGGAGCGGAGCCAAAGGCACCCAAGUGGACACUUGGAACCCAGACCAUCACGCUAACUCUGCCGCCCUAGACAGCAUUUAUCAGACAUGUCAGGACAACCCUCAUCUGUUCCCCGCCUGUCGUGUAACCGUCACCAGAAAGUCUCCGGCGCAUCUGUCUCCCAAACCAGAGACAGUGCAACCCAAUAUGGGCAAGAUGCUCUUACAGGAAAUGACCCAACGACACCUUUCCCCCAGCUGCCUGUACUCCUAACAUGACAGCGUGCCGUCCAGCUCUGUUCGAGCUCCCGGACAAAUGCUUCCUAUAAGUGAUAAAACCGUUCAAUAAAUGAAUGAAUGUUUCAUUAAUUCUCAGGAUUAAAUAUAAAUGUGUAUAAAAGUUUAGCGUUGUGCACCUUAAUGUUGUUUAUCCUUUUAAAUGGUUACGGUCACUGUUACUAGUAAUCAGAUUCCCACCAGGCAUCGAUGUGUAGAGCUAAUCCUCCUUUUGGAUUCUGCAGACUGAAACUUGACAAGAGGGAAGCUACAAAGGACCAACAGUACUGAAAAGUGUGAAGGAGUGCCAAGAGGUUUCUUGGAGCUCCGUUUGUUUACUCUUUACAAUAAAGUUUUCCUCUGUUCAGAGGAAGGCUACCUAAAUGUGAGAAUCAAAGUUCCAAUCUCCAGGAGUGCUGAGAUGUCACAGAUCACACUAACGUUUCCAACAGAUGGGUGAGCCAAACACCACAGCUUUAAGACCUACAUCAGUUGUGCUGACCUUUAUUUUGCUCUGGCUUCUUCCCAACAAGAGCUUUUGCAGCCGAUCGCGUUACCUAGCAACAAUGCAAUUACUGUGUUACUUCUUCCCUUUAUACGGCUGUUGGCAGCUCAGUACUUCACCUUAUGAACACAAAGAGUAGUUAUAUUAGUAAUUAGAUGGUCUACUGGAUAUUGGAGAUAUGAAUAAGAGCAGUAUUAUCGUGAAAUCUAUGAAUGGGUUUUCAUUGUUUCUGUUCAGUAUAAAACAAAUUUGUCUAAAUUUAGCGAAAGAAAAAGACAAACAUUAAAACAUAUCUUC